GUGCCGCCCACCCUGUCUCACGUGGGGCGCAGCCCCGCCCCACCUGUGCGGGCGGCCACGCGGCUGCCACCUCCCGCGCGCGGACAUGGCCCUCGACCCCACAGAGCAGCAUCUCAGACAUGUCGAAAAAGAUGUUUUGAUCCCCAAAAUAAUGAGAGAAAAGGCCCGAGAGAGAUGUUCUGAACAAGUUGAAGAUUUCACUAAAUGUUGCAAGGACUCUGGAAUCCUUAUGGUAGUAAAAUGCCGCAAAGAAAAUUCUGCAUUGAAAGAAUGUCUAACUGCUUACUAUAAUGAUCCAACCUUUUAUGAAGAAUGCAAAAUGGAAUACCUGAAGGAAAGGGAAGAAUUCAGAAAAACUGGAAUUCCUACCAAGAAAAGGCUGCAGAAGCUUCCCACAAGCAUGUAGGCAAAUAUUCAAAUGAUACUCAGUAAUGCCAACGUUCAUGGAAAUCACAGUCACCUGAAAUGAUGGACUCAAAGAAGUGUUUGCUUUAUCCUUAAUUAUGGAAAUAAUUUUAUCUGAAAUAAAGAUUUUUUUUAAACUUCAAA